UAUCUAGCUCCGCGUUUUAAAUAUUUUCAGAAAGUGUGAAGUGCCUUUUAUGCAUAUAAAGAGGAAAAAUCAUAAGCAACUUCUUAAAAUUCUCCGGCGGCCGUAACUUGAAGCCAUGUCAUCUCCUAUCUACGGCCAAUAGUGCACAAAAUUUAAACUUUCACUCAAAGUUUGUAACAACAGCGGAAAUGCCAUUGAAUAAUUAGAAAGGUGCUUGUGGGAUGUACUAAACAAGCAGAUCACUGCCCAAAAUUGCUUUGCCUGCUGCAUGUACAUUUGCGACAACGACUGACGUAAUUGGUGGCAACCCUGAAAUGUUUUCUGAGUAAGAAGACAACUUGAAAUGUCCGUCACUUAUUCGUAGAAGAGCCUAUCUUAAGGGUGUAGUUGGAUCUCUUUUGAGUUCCUGCAUUGGGUUUCAUGAAACUUGUAUACGGGUGAAACCGAGCCCGUGAGACGCCUCGGUUUUCGAUGAAGUAAACGGAGCAAGAGACGUGACUGCAAGGAACCGAAAUCGAGGCAAGGAGCCCUCGAGUCGAGGUCCGGGCAAAACGCCUGCCCUCGGAAGCUUCGGGGCCACGACCCCCAGAUUCGAUUCGAAUCCCAAAAACCUCGGAGAGCAUUACCAAAUAAUCGAGCACGACCAACAAAGGGCCGUGAUAUCCGUGACCAGCCGGAUGUCACGGCGUCUCGGCACGUAUUGGCAGAAAAUCGGUGAUUAGUAAAACGGAAGAUUUUUACUUUUUAUGGAAUUGUACUUGGGGUAAAACUCCCAUAGGGUCUGAUUAUUCAUUAGGGACAUUGUAACACGCAUAUCAAGGCAAUAUACUCUUAUUUUCUAUUCAAAGUUCUCACUUUUGUUCAUCAGUUCAUCAUUAACGUGAGCCCGAUCCUGAGAUCGGAGGAAGGCAUUCCAUUAAAAUGACAAUUUAUUACGUCCUUUAUCUGUUUAAUCUAACGCAAUUCAUCAUUUGUAUUGAAUCAAUCCGCGUAUCCUUAAAACCACUUAUAAAUUUAAUUGUUAUCCGUUUUUUAGGGUAAACAAAACUAGCUAAGGGAAUUAGGUUUUUUAUUCUUAAAGAAUUUGUUACAGAAGAUAUUCAUAAAAGUAAUUAUUAAAAGAGCUCAAUAUUAGAAAAGGGCAAAUUAGUUGAAUUAUAUUAAUUAUAAUAGAUUAAGACAUUAUUACUAAGAAAUCAAAAUACGGGAGGUAUGUGAAAUAAUGUUAUGAAGUGAAAUUUGAGGAAAGGACUCUGAAAUUAUCCCUUAAUAUUAUGGUUAAGUAAUUGGUGUCUUCUAUUAUCAAACUUCAACUUUUCAAGUUGCACCAACUUGAACAAGCAAGUUGGAAAUAAUAUAUGAUGAGGCUCUUUUAUGGACUUGCAGGUUUCUUCUGCUGUCCCAGAAGGAAAAGGUGUGUCAUCCUCUGCAUCUGUGGAGGUUGCUAGCAUGUCUGCCAUUGCUGCUGCUCAUGGGUUGAAUAUUAGCCCAAGGGAGCUUGCCUUACUGUGCCAAAAGGUAGAAAAUCAUGUUGUUGGAGCACCAUGUGGGGUAAUGGAUCAGAUGACUUCUGCAUGUGGUGAAGCCAACAAACUUCUUGCAAUGGUUUGUCAGCCUGCCGAGGUGCUAGGUCUAGUGGAUAUUCCUGGUCAUAUAAGAGUAUGGGGAAUUGAUUCAGGAAUAAGGCACAGUGUUGGAGGUGCAGAUUAUGGAUCCGUUAGGAUUGGUGCCUUUAUGGGCCGAGAGAUCGUCAAGUCUAUUGCAUCAACACUAUUAUCAGAGUCCCGGUUAGCGAAUGGUAGUAGCCCUGAUGAAUCAGAGGAAGGCGGUGUCGAAUUACUUGAAGCUGAAGCUUCAUUAGAUUACUUAUGCAACCUUUCACCUCAUAGAUAUGAGGCUAUGUACGCCAAGAUGCUUCCUGAAUCUAUACUUGGUGAGUCAUUUGUUGAAAAGUACACUGACCACCGUGACCCGGUAACGACAAUUGACAAGACACGUAAUUAUGGGGUCAGAGCUGCUGCCAGACACCCUAUUUAUGAGAACUUCCGUGUGAAGGCCUUUAAAGCACUGCUAACGUCUGCGACUUCAGAUGAUCAACUGAACGCUCUUGGAGAACUAUUGUAUCAGUGCCACUACAGUUAUGGUGAUUGUGGACUAGGUUCGGAUGGAACCAAUAGGCUCGUCCAACUAGUGCAAGAAAUGCAGCACAGUAAGGCAUCAAAAUCUGGAGAAGGGACAUUGUAUGGUGCUAAAAUUACCGGUGGGGGAUCUGGUGGAACUGUUUGUGUAAUUGGUAGGAAUUCACUUAAGAGCAGUGAACAAAUUCUCGAGAUACAGCGAAGAUACAAAGCUGCAACAGGAUAUUUGCCUAUUCUCUUUGAGGGUUCAUCUCCUGGGGCUGGCAAGUUUGGCUAUCUAAGAAUUCGCCGCCGCAGCCCUCCAAAGCAGAAUUAGAUUAUUAUUAGAUUUCAGGACAAAAAAUUAACAACAUUUGUAAAAUCAUAUAAGAGAAGACGAGUCGUUUGUGGCAAAAUCAUUGUGAAAGUUUGACUAUAUUAAAGCUUCUAUUCUGGACUCACAUAUGUGACAAGAAUUUCUACUAUCUUCAAUAAAAUGCAAAAAUAUGUUGAUAAAUGCUC